UGUGAUUUUGAUGAGUUCAAAAUAAAAAGUCUCUGUAAUUUUCUUACUAUAAACAAUUCUUGCCUAUUUUCCUGGGAACCACAAAAUUAGUUUCCUUUACUCCACUUUCAAACAUGCAUGUGAACAUAAGUGUUACCAAAUGUAACUUUUUGUUUAGUCACCAACCACUUCGCUCAUUCCUUAUCUAUCUAUCUAACCUUCAAGAUUAAAAAAUUUGAAUAUUGUACUUCUCUCUUUUUUACUCCAUCCAUGCUUUUGGAGGGUCUCUCUUGAUUCUGAGCUAUUUCUAACUUAUCCCCCAAAAAAAAUGUCCCCAAACUAAAUCUUGAUCGCCAAAACGCCAUCUAACUUGAAAAGUAUCUGCAAACAUGUUUUCCUCGCCAAACUUUCCACAAACAAGACUUAACACACACAAAUACACAACCAUCACAAAGUUGUACAUGUCGCUUUUUUUGUUGUUGUAUCUCAUCUCUGAUUGGCCAGGAAGAGCUGUACUAAUCAUCAACAUGAAACAUGGAAACAUAUAAAAUACCUCUGAAUGUGUGUGUGUGUGCGACCUAAGUACACAGUACAGAGAGUAUGCUAUUGCUAUGUUAGUACUGCUUAGAGUGAGAUAAAAGUUCUGAUGAAAAUAAUCUGUGUAUCGCUAAUGUUGUUUCACACUUGUUUGUAGAAAUGUUAAAGUUUGAACAUGGAGAUCAGCACUAACAGGUCUGACAUUUUUAUUCACGUCCAUCCGUGUUAUAAAUUAGACAUGUUGAAUGUGUUGUUCAGUAACCCGUCUGCAGUCUGCUUCCUGUUCCAUGUUUUCCUCAGCUCAUUAUCUGCUGCCACCGUAUGUGGAAACCUGCUGGUAAUACUCUCCAUCGCUUAUUUCAAACAACUGCAAACUCCUUCCAACGCUCUCGUCCUGUCUCUGGCUGUGGCUGACCUCCUGGUCGGGAUCAUUGUUUUCCCUGUCACCAUCGAGUUCCCUUUGACCGCGUGUAUUUUUCACCACAAUGUGUUUUGCACUGUACGCGGUACUUUCGAAGUGUGCCUGUGCACAGCAUCCAUUCUGAACCUGUGCUGCAUUUCCAUCGACAGAUACUACGCCGUUUGUCGACCGCUCUCCUACAAAACCAGGAUGAACGACAACGUCGUUUUAGUGAUGAUCCUGCUGAGCUGGACUGUUUCUGCUUUGGUUGGACUUGGUUUAGUUUUUGUGGGGAUGAACCAGGCGAACUGCGAGGACUGUUUCGUCGAUAAGGUGGUGGCAAACGUGAUGGGCCUUAUUUUUGCAUUUUACCUUCCGGUGGUCAUCAUGCUCUGUAUCUACUUAAAGAUUUUCGCCGUCGCACAAAAACAGGCGCAUAGCAUCCAGAACGCAACGAGCCAUAUCAGGAAGUCCGGAGGAGCGAUCAGUAAGAUGGAGAAAAAGGCCACAAAGACAUUAGCUACAGUUAUGGGAGUAUUUCUGAUCUGCUGGUUGCCUUUCUUUCUGUGUACCACUGUGAUGUCCUUCAGUGGUGCUUAUGUUCCGCUCGAGUUUAUUGAAUUUCUGAACUGGCUCGCACUUUCUAACUCCAUGCUUAAUCCACUCAUCUAUGCCUUCUUCUAUAGCUGGUUCAGGUCAGCGUUCAGGAUGAUCGUCUCAGGGAAAAUCGUUCAUGGCAAUUUUACCAACUCAAAGCUACACUAACUGAUCUGUGAGAUGAAAUCACCAAAAUGUUACACUGUUGCCGUAACAGUCAGGGUAAUUUUUUUUGGUAGGAUUUGUACGUAAUUGGACAUUUUCUAUCUGAGAUAUCUCAUCAGAAUGAUAGGUUAACUGCAGUACUGGUUGUCACCUGACAGGUGUCACUGUUUAGUUGUACGGUCAUCCUCACAUUUUGCUCUGUUAUUUUGAAUUUAUUUUUAUUUAUGUAUUGCUUUAAUGUUGUUUAGUGUAACGUAUGGAAUGGAAAAUAAAUGUAAGUAAAGUAAAGUCACAUAAUAUUUGUGGGUUUCUUUCUGUUUUACAUUUAUAUUUCAUUUUAGUCUAAACAAAAACAAUACAACAAUUAUGUUUUUUGUGAGGUUGUAUAUAAACUUUGGACUUUUUGAUAUCAUUUUGCACUUUGUAUAUAUUUUAAUUACCUAGAGUUUUUUUUCUCUGUGAGUGGAUGGGAGGGUGUGUGUGUGUCCGUGUACAGGUACGUGGUCGCCCGUGACCUCACCGGUGCUGUGUCUACGCUGACAAUCACACACACCUGGCACCGAUCCCAGCUCAUCAGUACGCCUGGUUGUAAUCACCUGCACGUUGUCGCCACUAUGCUGUGACCGUUUGCUAACUGACAUGGUAAUCUUUAGGCUCCCUCCCAUACGCUCAUGAACCCCGUCGCUUUUUUCUAACUCUGAGAUUUUGGCCUGCCUCUCUGCAGUUCCUGGUUCUUCACCGUCAUCCUCCUCCUCCUCCACUGCCGCUAU